CUAGGGGGUAGUAAAUUGCUAGAUCUUUGCCCGUUCGGAUCGUUCAGUGUGGAGCUCUCGGGGUGCGCGAUCGACUAAAGGUGAUCAUCGUAUGAUUUCGCGCGUGCUAGCAUAGUGGUAGUAGCGCAGUACUAGAAUCGAGCCAGGACUCUUCUGUUCUGAACUCGCCAGCGGAUCUAUCAUUCGGUUGCAGGCCUCUGCCAGUCGUGGACGUGUCCGGUUUUCAGUGUUGCAUUCUGUCGAACGCGUGUCGUGUCUCUGUCUGACCAACCAACCAACGUGUGAGUGUGCCGCGGGGUGAUCUUCUGUCGCCAUUGUUUCGUCGGGCUUGUGUCUAACACGGGAUUAAUUUCCUGGAAGGUGGCCGGCGGCGUUGCGUACGGAGACGCAUCAGUUAUAUUAGUCUCUCUCGCGCGCGGGAAUUAGCGUUGAUCUUGACCCAUCAUCGGGGGCAUUGUUGAUUGUUCUGCUGCUGCAGCGUGCUUAGAUUGUGUGAGUGGGGAUAUAAAGCAACGGUUCCCGACCGUGAAGCCGGUCAAUUGCAACCUGACAGUGAAAGGAUACGUACGGAGAAAGCUUCCAGAAUCGGAAGGAAAUUUUCUCGGUUUUUUGGAAGAUUUUAUGCGGAAUGUUUUGAAAGUGCUAUUUGCUGAUAAUUUGCUCAAUUGAAAGCAAUCGCAAGGAAGAUCGUGAAAACGGAAACCAUAUCGUGGAGAGAAAGGUUGUGAAUCAAUUAGUAAUGCAAAUUCGGUUCAGUUCUGUUGCACACCGAUGAUGUCAGUGAAAGUGAAUUCUAUCACUAAUCAUUCCCCGCAAACAAAAGUGAAACAAAACAACUGUAGUGUGUUACGACAGUGGACGAACGAAAGGAAAAUUCAGCAACCGCACGGGAUUAUCUGCUGAUACAGAGAAGAAAAAUUGCUCCAGCGCCCUCUCUCCAAACUAUUGUGUUCUGAAAAUAUCCUCGUACCGAACGGAUCGUUCCUUUUAUCGACCAAAUCUACCAAAACCAUCAUCUUUAACCAGUUUCAAGAGCAUCAUUUCAAGGUCCUCGUAGUUGGCUGCCAUCUAUCUAUCUGUCCAUCGAGACCCAUCUGAGACGAUUGUUUCAAUAAGAAAAUUUUUCCAUCCACCAUCCGGAGAUUCAGCCACCAUUUCCGUUUCGGCUCUCGGGGCCGACACGACGACGACGGCGACAACGACCUCCGACAAUCGCCAACGAUAUCGUCGCACCAUACUAGGACCCUCCGGGACCACCGACGACGACGAUCCCCCUCCGACGCGAAGCUCUCAGGACAGCAGCACACCACGGGAUGGGAUUGCACAAAAACUAUUUCAAAGUAGGACAAAAUGCCAGUAAUCAGCUGUUCGGCCUGCCACCUCGGGGCCCCAGUGGCGCUACGCCGCUAUCGAUGCUUAUAUCGCAGGGAGCGAAAUUCAAUAACAAUCGCAUAGCAGUAAUUAUUUUUGGGAUAGCAACCCUCAUAGCUGGUGUGAUAUUAUCUUCGGUUCCUUGGUUAAAUAUUUUUAUUAUGAAGAAUCUAAGACUAUGGAACGGCACGAUAAGCUUCCAUUACUGGCAACGGCCAGGCGUCACUAGGUUAACUAAGGUGUAUAUAUUUAACGUAACUAAUCCGGAGGGGUUUCUCGCCGGUGAAAAGCCAAAACUAGUUGAAGUAGGACCAUUCGUUUAUAGAGAAGAUAUGGAAAAGGUGAAUAUCAAGUUCCAUGACAAUUACACUGUAACAUAUCAGCACAAGAAAAUCUUACAAUUUGUUCCUGAACUGAGCGUAGAUAAGAACCAACGAAUAACGACACCAAAUAUUCCACUGCUGACCAUUUCCACCCAGAGCAAGCAUUUGGGGUACUUCCUGGCAAAGACCAUCUCGCUAGUCCUGACGGCGACCAAGUACAAGCCGUUCAUUUCGCUGACUGCCGACGAGCUGGUGUUUGGUUACGACGACACACUCGUGAGCCUCGCGCAUCGAUUCUAUCCUCGAAAUCGACGGCCAAUGUCCAAGAUGGGUCUGCUGAACGGGCGAAACGGUACCCUUACGGAGUAUGCCACCAUGUACACCGGCCACACAGGGAUGGAGAAGUUUGGGUACUUUGACAAGCUGAACGGGCUGGACCAUUUGCCGCACUGGGACAAGGAACCCUGCUCCAGUAUCGAAGCCUCGGAGGGAUCGUUUUUCCCCCCACGGGAGGUCACCAAUUCGGAUGUGGUGUACAUCUACGACAAGGAUCUCUGUCGAUCGCUGCCUUUGGUUUAUCGGCAUCCCGUUGAGAAGGAUGGCAUUCCAGCUGAUCUCUAUACCCUAGCAGAGGAUUCGUAUGGACCACCGAAUGGAAACAACUCAUGCUUCGAUCACACUGACUACAAACCUUACAGAGGUCUUCAGAACAUAAGCCCGUGCCAGUAUGGGGCUCCCGUGUACAUUUCCAAUCCACAUUUCUACCAAUCGGAUCCACAACUGCUGGAGGCAGUAGAGGGACUUAAUCCUCAACGAGAUGCCCACGAAACAUUCUUCAAGAUUCAGCCGAAACUUGGAGUUCCACUUGAAGGACAGGUCAGAGUCCAGCUCAAUCUGCUAGUCGAAGAAGCACCAAAUGUGAUGGCGACCAAAAACUUCAGAGACUUUGUAUUUCCCAUCAUGUGGCUGGAAGAGGGUGUCAGUGAAUUAACCCCUCCAAUCCGACGAUGGAUCUACCUUGCCACAGUCUUCGCACCCAUGGCGUUACCGAUUGUCUCUUACGGGAUGAUCCUCACCGGAACAUUUGCCCUGAUCUACGUGUUCGUGCGAGCGUACAAGAACUUCGUGUUCACGUCAGAUCCAACGACCGAAUUCUUGGAAAUGGGUCGGCGAUCGCUUCGCCGCGGAAGCAGCAUGAUCAUCAACGGUCAGCACAGGAUACUGAUGCAACGGGAUAGCUACAUCCUGUUGAAGGCCAGUGAGGACGCGAACCUCUACCACCAUACAUCGAACAACAAUACGGUCAAUACCAACAACAACAGCAGUCACCAUAAUCACAAUCUGUUCCAUUUACCGCACAUGCCUCACAUGCCCCACAUUCCCCACCAUCAACCCAAGGACCAAAGUCUGCUGAGCGACGAGGACUCGCCCGCUUAGAUCCUGUGAAUCUACCUUGCGUCGCACCCCGAGAUUGGGACUCAUGUACCUUAUAAUUGUCAUCACUUAGGGUUUCUCAAACUAGCCGUUAGACAAAAUCAUGCUAAUCAAACGAUUAUGGGCGAAUUUUUUGUCGCCCGAAACUUAACGAUAAAAAAACGACAACCGGUGAUAGAGACUGUGUUUUUUAACUCUACUACGUUUAUUGCUUCUUACGAGCCACUAGUAUUCAGUCCCCUCCUGAAAGAUCGAAAUCUCAAACGAUCAGACUCCAGUCAAUAGCUCAGUCGCCCGUCAGUUGCUCAACCCAAAUGACCCGAUUGCUCAAAUUACGAAUAGUGAAUGAUUUUCAAAAAAAAAAAGUUAAGCUAAGUAAGCAACCAAUCGUGAUGAAGAACACUCAUUGCUAGUUUUAAGGCAAGACUCAUCCAUUCAGACCACCAACAUCCAGUGAAUAGCAUUCCCCCACCAUUGUAAAUAAGUCCAAACGGCGUCGAAGUCGUUUACUUCAUGAGAGUGUGUAGUAAGUUAAAGUAGCUUUUAAUGAAAUUUUAUGAAGAUUGUUCGAAGUGUUUUACAUGUACAUACAGUUUUUUUUUGUAAAUAAAAUUUUCAUCACAAAACCG